AUGGCUCGCAAGACGGCUACCUCGCGCAAAGCAGCCACCGCGGCCACAGGCAGCGGCAGCUCCCGCCGACCUAUCUCAACUCGUCACCGCAAUAGUCUUGCGCCCGCGGUGCCUGCGAACCCUGGCCCUCCGGCAAAUCGUGCCGGAUUGCGCUCUAGGAAGAAACUUGGGACCAUUGCCGUGGGCCAGCCGGUGACAAAGGGAAAUCGGGUUGAGAAGGAAGCCAAAACGAAGGAGCCCAAGCCGCAGCCCGUCAAGAAAGAGUGCAUCAUCUGCAUCACCACGCGGCAGGUCAGUAACUGCGCCGGUCGCGGCUUCAAGGCGAUCGAGGGCGCGUGCGACCAUUUCCAGAACACCUGCAAUGUCUGCAUCGGCAAGAUGAUUAAGGAGAAGAUCGUAAAGCGCGACCUUGACGAAGCCGUCCUGGUCUGCGCUUUCCCGGAUUGCGAGCAUGUGCUGGACUACAACGCCAUCAUGACAAUGAUAUUCAAAGCUAUGCGUGAGAGCUGGGAUAAUGCGCUACUCAAGCACCACUUCAGCACCAGCGACAACUACGUUGCCUGCCUGUACGCCAAGUGCGGCCAAUACUUCUCGAUCGAUGACUGCGACAAUAAGUCGAGCAUUGUCAAGAGCAAACGCGGACGCGGCCGUACUGUCACCUGCCCGUAUUGUGAAGAAGACAUGUGCUUGGAUUGCAUGCGCCCGUCGCACGGCACGAACAGCUGCGACGAGGCCAAGCUUGCCGAAGAGAAUCAGUCAUUGGAGCUCAUCAAGGGCAUCUCCAAGCCCUGCCCGAAGUGCGGUGCAAAUAUUCAGAAGAACGGUGGCUGCAACCACAUGAAGUGCCGCCACUGCAAACACGACUUCUGCUUCUCAUGCUUAGUAGGGUUUGUUCCGAAUAUGCAGCACGCGGAAGGCUGCUCGGAACGCCAUCCAAAUAUCAUGCAAGACCCUCGCAACUGGCUUCCCGACAACGUCGACCCUGGCAACUGGAUGGAUGCCAUGAUGGGAGGUCCACCAGCACUACAAGAACCGGAGGUACAGAACCUUCCGCCGGCCAUCCGUCACCACAUCAAUCCUCCACCUAACCAGGUCGGUGCACCCCAGCAACCUGUGCCUAACGGCCCAUUCGGUUUCGGACUCUUGCAGAUGAUGCGCCACUUCGCUCAUAACAACCCCCAAGUCAACGGCAACGCUAAUCGCGGUCAGGAUCAGGAUGGAAACUAA